CACAGACUGGCACUGAUAAGUGGCACAGACUGGCACUGAUAGGUGGCACUGAUUGGCAGCACUGAUAGGUGGCUCUGACUGGCAUUGAUAGGUGGCUCUGACUGGCACAGAUAGGUGACACUGAAAGGCAGCUCAGAUGGGCAUUGAUAUGUGGCAUUGAUGUGGCACUGAUGGGCACUGGCAGGUGGCACUGAUGGACACUGACAGGUGGCACUGCUGGGGCUACACUGAUCAUCAGGGCACACUGAUCAUCAUUGUCAGUGUGACAGCUCAUGAGGAGAGAAAUGCCGAUAACCGGCAUUUCCCUAUUUACAUGAGAUCAGCUGUGCUUGGU